AAAAAAAAAAGGGAAGCGGCAGCGUGUUUUCCGGUAGAGAAAAGACGGAGAGAGUAAAAGCCGAAGUUUACAACGUGGCAACAUAUUGACCGCAGGAUCUUCAACAUGUGAUGAUCAACGGUGAGAUAUAUCUUGUCCGAGAAGUGUUUUGUGAUAUUAAUUGGUGUAAGGAAAAUCUAGAAAACAAACAAAGAGAGAGAGAGAGAGAGGAGACAGAGAAUUUAAUAAGAGAGCAAGAAGAGUAGUAUUAUGGUGAUGGCGGCGUUGCAGAGCGCGAGAUAGAGAAAGAAACCUCUCUGAGAUUGAUCUCUCUCUCUCUCUCCCCCUCUUAAAUACUCUCCAUACCGACAAACCAACUUUUUUCAGUACCAAAAGAAACCUCUAUUCGAUUUCUAAAACAAACCCUAGAGACUACUCUACAUUCUUCCAUUAAGUUAAUCUCUUUCGUCUUGUUCUUCAUCCUCUCGGGGAGUGAGAGAGAGAGAGAGAAAUUGGUAAUUAAGAUCAAAGAGAGAGAGAGAGAGAGAUCUUUUCUUCUUCACUCUGAAAGUCAAGAUCUUUGUCUACUAGACUAGAAGAUAUGUGGUAAAGCAAAGCCCUUCUUGAAAUUGGUCAUAUAUGGCUGGUGGUAUCGGAAAAUGGCAGGAUUUUUCUCGCUAGAACAAGGCGGAGGACGAAACAGCCAAGACGAGCACAACCACCACAGAACCAACACUACUAAUCCUUCUUCCUCGGGAACAGAAUCUUGGCUUUGGUGCAGAAACCCUAACUCCAACGCUGACGGUGGAGAAGUUGCUCCUUCUUACAAAGGAACCCUUGAGCUAUGGCAACAUCCAAACAAUCAAGAAAUCAUUUUCCAGCAGCAGCAGCAAGAAAGGCUGGAUCUUUACACUUCCGCUGCGGGUUUAGGUGUUGGACCGAGCAACCGGAGCUUAAUUGAAACUUCCGGCGGUGCGCUGAUGAUGAUGAGGAGCAGUAGUGGCGGCGGCGGACCAAGCUGCCAGGAUUGUGGAAAUCAAUCGAAGAAAGACUGCGCUCACAUGAGAUGUAGGACUUGCUGCAAGAGCCGAGGCCUUGAGUGUCCCACUCACGUGAAGAGCACGUGGGUUCCUGCCGCUAAACGCCGAGAACGCCAGCAGCAGCUUGCUUCCGGUCAACAACCGCAGUCGCAGCCGCAGGGUGAGAGCGUCCCUAAACGGCAGAGAGAGCAUAUCCAGGCGACAACGACUUCCCUGGUCUGCACUCGUAUACCGACUAACAACACUUCAGUGUUAGAGGUUGGGAACUUUCCGCCGGAAGUUCGGUCGCCGGCGGUUUUCCGGUGCGUGCGUGUGAGUUCCGUAGAUGAUGAAGAAGAAGAGUAUGCAUAUAAAACAGCUGUGAGUAUAGGUGGUCACGUCUUCAGAGGUAUUCUCUACGAUCAAGGCCCGGCCGAGAGAAGCUCCUCAGGCGGUGGAUCUCAGCCGUUGAAUCUCAUAACCGCAGGCCCAUCGGCCUCAUCAUCAAGCCCAAACGUGAGCUGCAACAAUGGAGUCGUUGGCUCCACUUCAGAUCAUUAUAUCGAUCCUGCCUCACUUAAUUAUCCUACUCCCAUCAACACUUUCAUGACUGGUCAAGACUCAAGAGUCAAGAGUUUGAUGUUGUUGCACGUAGAAAAGGAUCAUGAAGAUGGAUGGUGAUAAAAGCAGCAACUUUAAUAUCAGAACGCAAGUGGGACCAUGGGAUUUUUUACUGUUUUAACCAAUAAGUGAGUGACACGUCUGAGAGACAAUUUGCAAAUGCAUCAUUGCAUUUCAAGGGGACAAAACAGAAGCCUCAGGUCCACAGCAUCAAGCUUUCCAAACCGAAUUUUUAUUUUUAGUGUCGCAGCAUAAAAGAGAACGCAAUACUGUAGUUCCCAUUAACCAAAUGAUGAAAUAGCCCAAAACUAAGCCUUGCUGGUUCAAA